AUAUAUUGCAGUUUACUGAAGAAAAAGAAAACAAGUGUAUACCGUGUAAGGAAGGUUGGUGACCAUAACGGACUUUAUUGUAUGACAGCUUUUGACACAUUAUGUCAAUGGUGCGUUUUUGCGCAGAGGAGGAGCUGUACUUUCAUGCUGCAGUUUACUGACUUGCACAGCAAGGCAGCUUCCACAGAAUGCUGCUAAACCAGCAAAAACGGGUACUGAAAUCAGCACAUCUUAACUUCUUCAGCUUCACAAGCUGUUUCUGUCAGAGUUACAGUAAUGUACCUGUGAGACUGUUCAGCAGCCCUGUUCCUCAAAAGACUCCAAGGAGGGUUGUGAUUACUGGGAUAGGCCUGGUAUCUCCCCUUGGAGUUGGCAACUCUUUGCCCUGGAAAAAAUUGAUAAGCGGGGAAAGUGGAAUUGUAAAGCUAAAGACUGAUGAUUAUAAAAAUGUGCCUUGCAAAGUGGCAGCCUGUGUGCCAAGAGGAGAUGGAGUAGGUGAGUUCAAGGAGGAGAUGUUUGUGUCCAAAGCGGAUAUCAAGGCCAUGUCCCCGGCAACAGUCAUGGCCCUAGCAGCGGCAGAGCUGGCAUUGAAAGACUCAGGAUGGGACCCGCAGAGUGAGCUCGACCAGUUAACCAGUGGAGUAGCAGUGGGCAUGGGAAUGGUCCCGCUGGAAGAUAUUGCAGAAACAGCUGUGAUGUUCAAAACCAAAGGCUACAACAAAGUCAGUCCCUUUUUUGUGCCCCGGAUACUAGUCAACAUGGCUGCAGGCCACAUCAGCAUCAAAUACAAGCUCAAAGGCCCCAAUCAUGCCAUUUCGACUGCCUGCACCACAGGGGCACAUGCUGUUGGAGAUGCAUCCAGGUUUAUUGCCCAUGGCGAUGCAGCAGUAAUGAUUGCAGGAGGGACGGAAGCCUGCAUUGGUCCGCUGUCCAUUGCUGGCUUUGCCAGAGCCCGUGCACUGAGCACCAGCUGUAACUCAUUACCUAAACUCGCAUCUCGUCCCUUCCACCCGGAGAGAGAUGGGUUUGUGAUGGGGGAAGGGGCGGCACUGUUAAUACUAGAGGAAUACCAGCAUGCUGUAGACAGGGGAGCCAGGAUCUAUGCAGAAGUGCUUGGUUAUGGACUUUCUGGUGAUGCCAGUCACAUGACAGCACCAAGCUCUGAUGGAGAUGGGGCAUUUAGGUGCAUGUCUGCUGCUAUUAAAGAUGCUGGCAUACACCCUGAAGAGGUAACCUACAUAAAUGCACAUGCAACAUCCACACCACUAGGGGAUGCUGCUGAGAACCAAGCUAUCAAGAGACUUUUCCAAAAGAAUUCCCACUCAUUGGCAGUUUCCUCCACCAAGGGAGCAACAGGGCACCUUCUGGGAGCCGCAGGGGCUUUAGAGGCUGCCUUCACUGCCCUGGCGUGCUACCAUGGUACUCUACCCCCUACUCUCAAUCUUGACAGGACAGACACUGGGUUUGAUUUGAAUUACGUUCCGUGCACAGCCCAGGAGUGGAAGUCUGCCAGCAGACGGAUAGCACUUACCAACUCAUUUGGAUUUGGGGGCACUAAUGCAACACUCUGUUUUUCCAGUGUGGUCUUGUAGAAUUUGAGAGUGCUUAAGAAGCCUUAUUUUAUAUUAUACUGUAGUUUUACAGAUGCUUAGCUGAAUUUCAUUGCUCUGAAUGACACAGCUAACAAAAUAACAACCCCAAAACAUAGUCCAUAUUGCAUUUAACAAUUCAGUAAAUUCUGGUAAGAUAAUGUAAUUGGAAUAUGUCCACAUACAUUGUUGAGGUUGGGUUAUAAAUACUAUUAAAUACUAGUUUCACAUGCAUAUACAGUAUAUUAUUGUAUUAUUCAGAAUAUUUAAGACAUGUCAAAUGCUGUGACUGGCUAGUUCCUGUAAAUGUGUUGAAAAUUAAACAGGCAAUAGAGGAACAGUAGGUGGUGCUGAUUCAUAAUAAUAAGAAUACUUUUGAAUUAUGUAACAUUUAUAUUUAAACAGUCAAGUUAGAAUAAAGAGUAGAGAAAAACUGGUGUGACUCUACACAGACCAAAGAUUAUAUUUCCUAACAAAUCAAGACAAUCUUAGCAUCACAUCAAAAAGCAGACAAACAGGCAGACAUGUUUUGUUGCGGUGGUUCUUCUUUUUGUUGAAAACAUAUAAUACAUUUAAAAAAGGGAAAUUUCAAGUUACAAAAUACAGGUAAAAGAAGACACAGUUGUGGAUAACUAGGCUCCCAUUGAUUCAUAAAAUGCUUUAGUUGUGCCUUGUUUAACGUUGGUUUUGUAAAAUGUAUACAGCUGAUCCUUUUUGGUAACUUAUCUGCACAUCAAAAAAAAAUGUUGGUCAGAUAAAGUACACAAUAGUUUGUUUGCCAGAAUAGUAUUAGCUACAGUAUACAGUGAUUAAUUAACAGCACAGUUCUAGUAUAACAUAUAUACUGUAGUAUAUUUGACUUAGACCCUUUGCUCUGGUAUCAUAUACAGUAUGUAAGCCAGUCUUUUAAAACCCCUUUGUACCAAAUUUAUACCAUGUAUGAGGAAAUCAAACCGUGAUCGCUGCUGCCAAAUGGAUCCUGAAACAGACAUGCAAAGGACCAAGAUACGUUUCAGUUGAGAUUUGCUCAUUCCCCAUAUGCACUUCGUAAUAUGAUUCCUGUAGCUCACCAAGACCUAUUACAGUCCUGCAGGAAACUACAUGUUAAUACAUUGCAUUGACUGACUCUUCACAUAUUUUGCUGGACCUUUGGAGCAUCCUUUACACAGUAAAAGAACCUUUCUAAAGGUAUUACUAAAGACAGCCACUUUUAAAUAAGUAACAGCCAAAAUUGUUUAUGCCAGACUUGUUAGAAAAUCUGUAACAAAAUGGUUGAUUGUUGUUGUCGAUACAAUGUAGAUAUUACUAAAGACGCCCACUGUGCAUGUAUCACAAAGCCCAUAAAGAAAACAAAACAUUCAAAUAAAUUAGUUCUGCACUGUAUAAAAUUGAGCUGAUUUUAUCAGUGCUUGCUAG